AUGACGAUGAUAAUUCGUGAUUCAACAUUAAUCAUAUGGUGGUUAGCAACAAUAUUUUGGAUAAUCAUCGAAAUUCGUAGCCAAUCAUGUGGUCCACGUAUUAGUCCAAGAUUAUUAAAAGAAAAUGUGAUACCUUGUGAUAUAAAUACAAAUGGUUAUUGUACAGAACCUGGUCAAGCAUAUCCAUGGAGUUCAAUGAGACGUUUUAUAUUUGAAAAUCAAGGUUUUGUUAAAAAAAUGUAUGGUGAACAGCGGCAAAGUCAAAUAAUUCAUGAUGAACUUGAAAGAUUAAAUAAUCUUUAUCAAGAUUCAUCGUCGCGAUUAUCAUCAGCAUCUAGACGUCAUAGUAAACAACGACAAAAUUUUGGUAAAUUAAAUUCCAAUCACAAUGUUGAUGAUGAUUCGAACAAAACCGGUGAUGAUCGUUUUCAAUCGAAACAUAGUCAAGCAACAACAACAACAACAACGACAACAAUAAUGAUGACGGCAACCACCGAUCAUUAUGAACAAGAUUUAAUUAUUAAUGAGAAUCAAUCAAUAACUGAUAAUCCGAUCAUCAAUGAAUCACGUUAUAAUGCAUGUCCAAUUACUCAAGAAGUGGUUGCACCAUACUGGGCAAAUAAUACCCGUGGUGAAACAUUAGCAUUAUUAAAUGUUUAUCCAUUCGAACAAUAUAUUCAUUGGGAAAAAUGUACGAAUGAAUAUGAACAAAUGUUCUGUAGAGAUGGUUGCCGCUGUGAACAACAAUAUCGGCUACAUCGUCUAUUAGCAUUUGAUCCUAAAAAUGAAUGUCGUGGUAUUUUCGCAGAUUGGUUUCGUUUUCCUGGCUGUUGUGUUUGUAUCUGUUAUGAUUAUUAUCAUGACAAUGAUCAACAAAAUCAACAACAUGAACGGAUUAAUAAUCGAAAAGCUCGUCUUUGAAACCGAUUCGAAAAUUCAUAUUCAAUCACUAGCACUGUAUUAUAUAUCAAUGAAAUUUAC